AUGACCGCCUGCUCGGUUCUCGUUAUCAUCCGCAAGUACUCCGAUUACGCUGUUGCCGGUCUCAUGGGUGUUGUCAUUACCCAGGCUUUGGGAUACGGCCUGAUCUUCGACCUCAACUUCUUCUUGCGCAACCUGUCUGUCAUUGGUGGUCUUCUCAUGGUCCUCUCCGACUCUUGGGUUCGCAAGACCAAGGCUUUCGCCGGUCUGCCCACUCUCGACGAGAAGGACCGUAAGAUGUACUUCCAGCUUGCUGGCCGUGUCCUCCUCAUCUUCCUCUUCGUCGGCUUUGUCUUCAGCGGCUCGUGGUCCAUCUGGCGCAUUGCCACCUCUCUCAUUGGCUUCGUUGCCUGCGUCAUGGUUGUCGUUGGCUUCAAGGCCAAGUUCAGUGCUACCCUGCUGGUCCUUAUCCUCAGCAUUUUCAACAUCCUUGUCAACAACUUCUGGACUCUUCACGAGCACCACCCUCACAAGGACUUUGCCAAGUACGACUUCUUCCAGAUCCUUUCCAUCGUUGGUGGCCUUCUGCUGCUUGUCAACAGCGGCCCCGGCCAGUUCUCCAUCGAUGAGAAGAAGAAGGUCUAUUAA